AUGGAGGCCCAUCCUCCUUCUUCCAGGACCUCAAACAUAAAGAACGGACUACGGGUAAUACUCGCGAAUGUGCGUACUCUUAGAAAUAAGCUAGAUGAGAUUCCACUUCUUAUCUUUGAACAGCAACCGGACCUAAUAGCGUUCACCGAAACCUGGCUGUCAUCUGAUAUAUCUGACUCGGAGGUUCAUGUUUCAGGAUAUCAGCUACUUCGAUGCGAUCGCUUUGGUGGGAGGUCUGGAGGCGGAGUAAUCUUCUACACAAAGAACUAUCUCAAGGCCUACAUUGUCGAACCCGAUUGUGACAAAGAUGAUAUGUCAGAAAUGCUGAUGUCGAAUUCAUGA